CCACGUGCUCCCCGCACCAUCCGCUCGGGCUCCGCGCUUCCUCGCGGGAGCAGCUCUGCGGGCCGGGGAGGGGCUGCCCACCUCCACUGGUGCGGCAAGAUGGGAGAGACCCCCUCUGCUGCCUCCCUCCAGAGGGAAACCCCCCUGAUCCUGGUCAUAAAUAACACCAUUGUGCGCAGACCAACAGCACUGAGCGGAUCUCAUUGAUGCCGCUGGGCUGCACACCGUGCUUACCUCCAACAGCACAGCUACAGGGGAGUCACCCCUCCGCUCAGCAGUACAGGGGCAGGGACACAGCUGAGCUACAAGGAGCAAAGGUGCACCGAGUGCUGAAAGCACUGGGCUCGCCUCCCUCUGCUGUGUAGUGUAGCCAUCUCUGGAGCGCACGGGGCAGCUGCUUCGAGGGCGCUGAGGCCUGAGAAGGGCAGUGAAGACUCUCCAGGCCCUACUUUACUGCAGGUCCUGGGGGCCUGGCCGGACAGGCUGCAACCCAAGAUGCUGCUUGCCCAACAGGCCAGUGGGUAACUGCUCCUCUGAGACAGUGGCUUCUAUGGCGCGGUCCUGCCGGUCCCGUCCAGAGCACUGGUUCAGUUCAGGAGAGACAGAAGAGCGGUAUGGCCUGACUCGCCCUGACGCCAGGGCAUGUGCUGGGGGUGAUGCUGGCGCUGGUGGCGGGAGACACUGGUUGCAGUAGGAAGCAGGCUGGUGGGACAGCUGGCUUUGCUGCAGCCAUCAGGCAGCACAGGGACCAUGCAACCCUGCCUCCCUCCUGCUCAGGGCACGGGCAGUAGGACGGGGUGGAGGCAGAGGGCAGGAUGAGGCCGGUGCAAACCCUGCAGCCAUCUCUCGGGCUCUGCUGCCCUCUACCGGUGCCUGCUGGGUGUUCCCGGCGCCAGCCUGACUCAAGAAGUGAGGCCUGCAAUUCUGCACCUGCCCUGGGGAGAUGGAGCUGUGCAGGUGCUGUGUGGCCAGCUUCAAGGUGCUGGCUCCCAAGGCCUUAGGCAAACUUCCUCGAGAUGAGCAGUGACAUCUCCAGCUCCGGUAGAGCGUGCCGUGGCCGCUGCACUCAAAUCGCGUCGUGAAGGAGACCAGGAGCCUUAUCCCUGCUACGCAGAUGAGGCACAGGGAAGUGCUGACUUGCCCUUGCAGCAGAGCCAGGAGCAGGACCCAGGUGUCCUAAGCACUAGGCUGGUGCUCUGUCCACUAGGCUGUACUGUUCUGAAGAAUGCCCACGGGGACCUGCACUCCUGCCCCCUCUUUCAGCUCCGCGUCACGGGGCCAGGCACCACGCAGAGGCCAGAGCAUAUCGUGCAUGAACAGACCCGCUGCUGCCUUCCAGGCACACAGCAGCAGCAAUGCCCACCUCCACGCUCCUGGCAGCUGACCAAACCCCCUGCUGCUGCAUCGCCAUCCCUCUGUACCAUGCAGUGAGCCGUGUCCUGACGAGUCAGACCACAAGACAGAGCCCCAGAGACCACAACCCUGCACUGAGCACAGCCUCCCCGGGACAUCAAUCCCAGAGGCCUGACAGCAAGGCGGCCUCAGCCCCAAGCUUGGCUGCUGCCUGGAAGAGCACUAGGGAGGGUGAAGGGAAGGGACAGCAGGCACCAGACCCUGCUGGGACCCCUGGAUGGUAACAAGCCCCUUGAACUACUGUUAUUUAUGGCCUGCAUUGCAGGAGCACCGAGGAGCCCCCCCCAUCAGGGAUCGGGACCCCAGCGUGCUAGGCGCUGGACACCUGUAACACAACAGCUGGUCCAUGUCCCAAACAAUCUCAGUAAUGUGGCAAUUAUUCCUCAGUGCAAAUUGAUCCCAAAUGAGCUGCCUGCUGCAGUGAUGCAGAACAAGCCAUGCGCCCUGCCCUAUAAGAUUGCACCCAGAAGCAAAUGGGAAGACAGCAUCAUACAUGGCACAGGGGGCGCUGAGGAUGACUCCCAGGGGCCUGACUCCCAGGCAGGCGGGUACUUCGGGUUGGAUGCACAAUAACUGGGCUCCCUGCAGGUAUAACUGGAGGAGGUUCUCUCCAGGAGAUUAGAGGGGAAAAUGAAAGGAGCCAUUCUGGUUGAAAUGUCUGUGAAUCCAUGGAUGUUCUCAGCAUCCUGCUUUCCUGGGAGAGACUUUGCCUGUGCAUGGUUUCAGUGCACAAGUAGAGAUGCCCUUUCUCACCCCAAGGAAGGGACAGGGUGGGAUAGCAGCCUGCAGUUCAGAGAGGCCACAGAGUUCAGGUCCUGACUUGGAGUCAGCCACUCCCAAUAAUCAGACCAAGGGGCCAGUGAGACUUGCCACAGACGAAGCCGACAGCUGCAGAGCUCAGGCCCAGACAAGGAUCCAACCUUCCUUGGGAUCUGUUCGGUGCUGGGAGGGCUGAUCUCAGCCCUUCUCUGCUGCCAACAUUUAAAGAGCUUAAAACUCAGGCUGUGGACAGGUAAGAAAGGGUCAUGGAACAAGCUGAGACUGAAUCUUAGAAACCUCUGACAGCCAGAGCUGGCUCUGGAGUCUUCCAGAGGAACAGUGCCCAGGUCAUUUAAAACUGGGCUUACGUGCAGUCAUGGUACCAUCCUCCCUGUGUCCACUCUCCUCCUAGCACUUUCUUUCCACAGAUCUCAAAUCACUUUACCAAGGGGGAAAGAGGGAGACAGAGAGACAUCAUUAUUCCCAUUUUACAGAUAAGCAAACUGAGGGUAAAACUUUGCCCACAGUCAAUGCUAGGACAAAUAACCCAGGAGUCCAGCCCCUGGGAAAUGCCCCUCCCAGCUGCCAGGCCCCAGAUGUCACGGUGGACUCUGGUGACAUCACAAACCGCGUGAUGACCAGUCUCGUACCUCCAGUGAGGAGCCGCCCCGGGCAGUGUCCAGUCACUGCGGGUUCUGAUUCCAGAACGUGGCUCCUCUCAGCAGCGGCCAGGUGGCAAGGCAGGAAGAUGCAGUGUUGGGAGAAGUUCACCAGUAAAAACAUGCUGAGUAUGGCCACAGGAGCUGGGGCCAUCUACUUGCUGUACAGGACCAUCCAAGCAGGACUGAACAGCCCUGCCUUCAGCAUGGAGCCUGUCAGCAUUGCCAAACUCGCCGUGCAGCAAGAGAAUUUAGGUCCGAAGGAUUCUGGAGAGCUGCGGCGGCUUCUGAUGUCCCUGAACCAGAAGCAGGAUGAAUACGCCAAGAGCAUGAUACUACACAGCAUCACACGCUGCGUUUACCUGCUGGAGUCGGAGGCCUCUGCCUGCUCCUACGAGGACAUCCGGCUGAUGGCAUCCUACCUGGAUGACAGAGAUAAAGACGUCAAGAUCCACGCCCUAAAUGCGCUCAAGGCUUUCGCUGGCAUCCGGAAGUUUAGAAUUAAAAUCCAGGAGUUUGUGCCCAAGAUCUUGGAGCUGGUCACCUCCUACUGGGAUGCGGAGCUGCACAUUGCAGGGCUGAGGCUGCUGAACGGGCUGCCCCUGCCGGAUCACACUCACCCCCUCCUGAGGAGGGCGAUGCCUGCCCUGAUGGAAAUUGUGCAGACAGGGAGCAGCUUGGCUCAGGUCCAAGUUCUCAAGCUCCUGAGCACCCUGGCCCAGAAAGAAGACCUCCUGUAUGACAUCCUGAACUGCCAGGUGCAUGCUGACUUCCUGAACCUCUUCCAUGCCUCGCUGUCUGGGAACCUGCUCCGUGAGGUGCUGGUGUUUGCGGAGCGGCUGAGCGAGGGCCGCUUGACCCCGCAGUACCAGUCGGUGCACUGGGAGUACAACGAGCUGUCCCUGCACGAGGCGCUCUUCGGGGACAGCUCCCGCUUGGCUGACCGCCUGCUCGCUCUCAUCGUCCACCCUGAGGAGGAGGUGCAAAUCCAGGCCUGCAAGGUCAUCCUCAGCAUCCAGCUCAGCAAGGAGGAAGCAGCAACCAUCAGCACUGCCCAGCGCGUGCAGAGCUCCUUCUUUGACACGGACGAAGAGGACCUGUGCGAGAGCUAGGGGCCAGAGGCAGCAUAACCAGAGUGAUCAUCAGAGAUUAAUAAACCAG